AUGAGCGACAACGUACGAGGCAAAGAUCUCUUGAACUUCAUGGACAAGUUGGCAGAGCCAGAGCGCUCCCAAUUCUUCGAGCUGCUGUCAAAAGAGGAUGCCGUCGCGACUAUGCAAGCCUCUCUUCACGAGCGAGACAGAUUGAGAGGAACUGGGGCUCAGCCAAGCGAGCUGGCCUUUAGAACUCAAGCGGGAUCCAACGUUGGGAUUGUCGGCGAGCAUGAACAGAACCGUUCCGAGGUCAUUGCUGCAGUAGCAUCAGAAGUCGGCGACACUGCUAUAGCAGAAGACAUCCCGCCCGACUUGCACGUGUACCUUCGUGUUCCAAACAGCCGCGGUGAUCCCACCCUGAGAGACAUUUACGAUCUUCCACAACAAGUCCAGGCAGAACUGGAAGCUCGUUUCAAGGCCAUGUGGGAGUGUGAACCGUCAAGGACCAAGACCUACAGGAGGUUUAUGGAGAAGCCGGGGCACCAAGUCAACAAGGACGUCUGCCUUCGCAACCUAGUGAUCCGGAGUUCAAGUGCGAAGGGUACGAUGUGGGCUCAGGGCGGCAAGCACAAGGAGUCUGCUUGCGACAAGUGCAUCGCCAAGCGUGAGGCCUGCGCUCACAUCGACAAGGUCAACAACGAGUACAUCAAAGUCUUCGUGCCCCUUCCUCGGGACCUCCGCAAGGGCAAGAAGUGGGACGAACUCGGAUAUUGGGUGCUUGAGGACUGA